GUUUGCCAAAAUCGCAAGUCGAAAUCAGCCUAAGUCGGUUAGCUUGGCUACGCUAAUCACUAUAUCUCCACCUCAAAACAAAUCCGUCACUCUUCUCUUCGCCCUCUUCGAAUUCCCCAACUUUCCUCGCAAAAGGCAAAAAUAUCCAAACACUGACCAGGCCACCGCCACUGAAGGGAAAAAGCGGAUAAAAAAAAAAAUGGAUUCAAUUCUCCAUACAGAAUCCCUAUAUCUCACGCGCCUACGCGCCGCUUCCACUUCCACCUCCACCGCUACCAUUCACCACAUGCCUUGCCAACUCAUCUUUCGUCCCGUCUACCGUCUCCUCCGUCCCAUAUCCACCGUCUCCGCAGGCACUGGUUCUCGCAGGGCAUACACUUCCGUUGUAGCUGCUAGCGGCACUCUCACCGCCAACUCCGUUUUGCCAACAGGUGGAGUAUAUACAGUUGGGGAUUUUAUGACGAGGAAAGAGAAUUUGCAUGUGGUAAAGCCAACAACAACUGUUGAUGAAGCAUUGGAAAGUCUUGUUGAACACAGAAUCACUGGUUUUCCUGUCAUUGAUGAUGAUUGGAAAUUGGUUGGACUUGUUUCCGAUUAUGACUUGUUAGCAUUGGACUCCAUAUCUGGGCGACGGACUGAAAAUGACAUGUUUCCUGAAGUUGACAGCACUUGGAAAGCUUUCAACGAGGUACAAAAGUUACUCAGUAAAACCAAUGGCCAGCUGGUUGGUGAUUUAAUGACACCAGCUCCAGUAGUUGUACGAGAGACAACUAACCUCGAGGAUGCUGCUAGAUUAUUGCUCGAGACAAAAUAUCGUCGACUUCCAGUUGUUGAUGUUGAGGGUAAGCUGGUCGGUAUCAUCACAAGAGGAAAUGUUGUGAGAGCUGCCCUUCAAAUAAAGCGUGCUAUUGAACGCGAAGCAUAACCCGAGAAGCAUCAUUCAAGGAAUUUUGAGGCAUUCGAUAGGGCAAUACAGGAAUGAAAUUUUCUCCGCUAGCCUUUCUCCAUUUAUCAAAGAAAAAGAUUGCAAGGAAGGAGCUUACGUGCUUAAUAUAUUCAAUUUUGUCCUGCCUUUGCAUAAUAUACAUAUAUCAUUGACAUUAUUAACAUUAUAAUUCUACAACUGUUAUUCUUAGUAUCUGCUUUUAGAACAUUGCAUAGAGAUUUGGACACGAAAUGAUGUUGUUAGAGUCGCAGGUUGUAGUUCACCAGUAUGCUUUUGCAAUUGUAAUAGAAUCCGCCGUGGUUGGUUGUUGAA